CCGAAACAAAUCAUGAUGUAUCAUACAGCGCUUAUUUUCCUUCUAUGGUGUACUUCCGCGAAAAAGACGUAAGUCAGACUUUUCAUCAAGCAAUUAACUUAAAAUUGUAAUGUAUUUCAUAUUUUUUAUGUUAUUUCUGACUGGAAUAACAUCAUCGACAAAUUCAUCAACUGACAUAGUAGUUCCCACACGAAAUGGAGCAAUAAUCGGCACGUCCACUACCUACAAUGGUUCGCCGCUUCACGAGUUCUUUGGAGUACCAUAUGCACAGCCACCAACAGGAGAUCUGCGUUUUCGAAAGACUCAACCCCUCACGUCACAGCCAAACAUAUUGUUUGCAAAAACUAUGCCUCCAGCUUGCCCGCAAUACCUACCUUACGACUACCCCUGGUAUGAUAACAAACCCAAUAAAAGUGAAGAUUGCUUAUACUUGAAUAUUUGGGCCCCCGGAUUUGCAACUCAAGAGAAGAAAGCUGUUCUGUUCUGGCUACAUGGUGGAGGAUACACUUAUGGCUCUAAUCGCUUGGAAGUAUACAACGGGCACAUAUUAGCAGCAGAAAAUGAUGUAGUUGUAGUUUCUCCUAAUUUUCGGAACGGAGUAUUUGGGUUUCUGUCAACUGACUCCGAUUUAGCCCCAGGUAAUAUGGGAUUGUAUGAUAUUUUGGAAGCUCUGAAAUGGGUGAAAAACAACAUUGAAUAUUUUGGUGGGGACAGCAUGAAGAUUAGUUUAUUUGGACAAAGUACUGGUGCUGUUACAGCUGGUCUAUUCUGCAUUUCACCACUUGCUAAAAAUCUCUUUCAGCGAGCUAUCUUGGGCAGCCGAACACCUGUGGAAUACUCAUAUGACCAUAAAAAGUCUAAUUUUGAUCUGGGCCAGCGUCUAGCAGAAGUUGUGGGAUGUGCAAAUAACAGAACGACGCUUCAAAACGAUACCGUACUUGUUGUGGAAUGUCUAAAAAGAGUUAAUGCUGAUUAUCUAGCGAAGGCUUUAAACUCCUUAAGUCCCAGCAAUUCAAAGCAUUUCAACAUUAUCUAUGGAGAUGAACUACUGCCAAUCACUCCUGAAACAGCUCUCAUUGACGAAAAUAUAAAUGACGUCAGUGUUUUCCUCGGUUUCAACCAAGAUGAAGGAUCUCCGAACCUCGUCUCCUCAGAUAUCAAUUAUUUUGGCCCGUUUGGUGAAAGAAAUCCAUACUUCAACAAGACUGUUGGCUCAAAUUUUAUCCAAGACGGACUAAAAGAGUUUGUUGGUGUUCGAGAUGUCGUGGAACAUUAUUUGGGACAUUUAAGCGAAAAUGAUUAUCAGCAAGUACGUGAGCAAACCUACCAUGCUUUAGGGGAUUACAUUAAAGCUUGUCCAGUGAUUUAUUUUGGGGAUGGUCUCUUAAGAGCUGGGAAAGACGUGUAUUUCUACUAUUUCAAUCACAGGCCGACUGUCACGCAAUAUGCAGAUUGGAUGGGUGUUUAUCAUUUCUGUCAAGUGCCGUUUGUAUUUGGGCAACCUUUAAACAGUAAGAAAGGUUACACACAAGAGGAAAUGGAACUAAGUAGAUACAUGAUGACUCUAUGGACAAAUUUCGCAAAAUAUGGGCAACCUUCUGUCAACACGGAGAAAUCAACGCCCCAAACACGUAAUUACAUAUACUUAAGAACAAGCAACUGGAAGUCAAGUUAUUUAAAAAACCACGAAGAAAACUGUGAGUUUUACAAAAACUAUUUUGAUCAGCAGGAGUAGUAUUUCCCAAUAAAUUCUUCCCUUUUAAAUCUUUGAACAGUUUUUUCACUCAAGUGCAAUUAAGGUUCAUUUCCUCAUCCUUUUAUCUUCGACUAAUGACAAAUAUGAAAAAUUCAUGUUCGUACUCCACUGAUAAUGCUACGCACUAAUUCCUAAUGAA